GUUAUCGUGUGGGGUUCUGUGUCAUCACCGUUUUCUAAAUGUUCACAGAGAUGAGCCAUCGUUUGGUAUUAGAAAUGAUUGAUCUAGUAUGUUGGACGACUAUCCAGCCAUGUGUCAUCCAGUGAGAAGUGAUGAGAAAACUGUUGACAAUGGAGAAUGUCAGAGUAGCAUUUAACUUCAAAUCCUGGCAGCCAUCACAGAAUGAAUGGAUGUUUGCCUCUCAGUGCAUUCAGCCUGAAGAAAAACUGCGCGUUGGCAAAUACUUGUUUAAAAAAGAUGCAAAAGCCUCUCUGUGUGGAAGGCUGUUGAUAAGGAAGGUGUUGUCCAGUGUUCUCAAGAUGCCGUACCAGAGUGUUCAGCUGUCCAGAACAGAGAAGGGGAAACCGUAUAUGACAAACCCACUGCCAGAUCACCUGGCUAAUUUCUCAUUUAACGUCUCACAUUCUGGAGAUUAUGCAGUAUUGGCAGCGGAACCAAAUAAGCAAGUUGGGGUGGAUGUCAUGAAAAUAGAGCCUCCACCUGGAAAAUCCAUUGAGGAUUUUUUCUACAACAUGCGCCGUCAGUUCACAGAUUGUGAGUGGGCUGUCAUUGGGGGUGGACAAAAAGAUCAUGGGCGGCUGAUGAGGUUCUACAGAUAUUGGUGCUUAAAGGAGAGUUUUGUGAAGGCCUUGGGUGUAGGGAUAGGGUUCUCCCUACAGCGCUUGUCUUUCCAAAUAAACACCAAAGAGCUACAGCCAGGUGCGGUGAUCACAGACACAACAGUAAAUGUUGAUGGUACACCCGACCCCACCUGGCGGUUUGAGGAAAGCCUCCUAGGAGACAACCAUGUGGUUGCUGUGGCCCUCAAAGACAAUGUGGACUUCCAGAGGGAGUUCUGUGAUCAGAGUAUGCCUGUUAUUGAUUACAUGCCCGUCACCAACAGCAUGGAUGCUGAGCUGUGUUGGCCAAGUCCCCUAGGGGUCAGUUUCUCCUUUGUCCAGUUCGGCCAGCUGAUUGAGGGGGCAGUGCCGCAGUCAGAUCCAGACCUGGGCUUCUGGUUGGCCUUUGAUCAGAAGAUGGAGCAUCCAUCGCGCAGGAGAACACAGCCUUAACCCCGGUUCAGUUUGUGUAGUCUGUUAU